UCCCCUCACGCAGCUGAGGGCAAUGGAGGGCGGUGAAAGCCCCGCCGAGCCCGGCUCGGGGCCUGCCAGGCGCUUCCCGGUGGCGGCGGUGGAGGAGAUCCUGAGGGAUGUGCUGGGGAGCGUCCUGAGGGAGCGGCGCUACGAGCCGGGGCCGUGCCGGGAGGCGGCCAAGGACAUCGCCGAGGUCGUUAAGGCGCGGGUCAAAGCGCUGGAGGUGCCCAGGUACAAGAUCGUGGUGGUGGCACACGUUGGGCAGCUGGGUGGGCAGAGCCUGCAGAUCAGCAGCAGGUGCCUCUGGGAUCCCGAGAGCGACACGUUUUCCUCCUACGUGUUCAAGAACACCUCGCUGUUUGCUGUGGCAAAUGUCUAUGGAAACAUUACUGGAAGUAUUUGGAUCAGGGAAUAAAGCAUGGGUUUUGCCUGCCCACUUUCAGGGCUGGUACUGAUGGCCCGAAGUCUCUCCUGGUGCAGCCAUUCCCCACCGAGGUGGGAUCUGGCUCACCUUGCUCUGAAUCUGAAACCAGGCUUUUUGCUACCCCUAUUUCCCAGCUGAAACCUGCUGUUAGGUUUUCCUGAGCCAGAGAACAAACCUAUCACAAGCUGCUUAUUUUAUUAGGUUUUAGGUGCAAAGCUGAAACCAGAACAGUAGUUAGUUGGGAAGAAACACUUCAUGUACUCCUGACUAAAAGUUUAACCCACUGUAAACACUGUGAAAUGCAGACAACCUGAAACCACUUACUGGUGUGCACUGUGACAUUUAGCACCCCAAAGCUAGAAUUAAAGAACACGACUGAAA